UUCAGGGUCGAGAUAUCAGAUAAACUCACAAUGGCCAUUGUGUUGAUUUCGACAUUGUUGUUACUAAUUUCCUUGUCGUCCGACCAUUGGUUUUGCUCCUCCUCGUACGUAGAAGACGCGUGCUGCGUGACAAGGUACCAGGAUCUCUGCAUUCGCUCCCUGUCCUCCUUCUCCCGUACAGCCAAGUCCAGUCCAAGCAAGUGGCCCCGGGCUGGGGUGUCAGUCACACUAAGCGAGUCCAAGAACACGACCCAGUUCCUGGUCAAGAUGCUCCAGGACCGGGAGUUUUCUGGGCCGGAAACUAAUAGGAACCGAAUCGCUCUGUCAGAUUGCGUCGAGUGCUUCAGAGAAGCAGUCGACGAGCUUCAUCGGUCCUUGGCACUUCUCAUGAGCCUCCUCGAUGGGGGACCAGAUCAGGUCAGUAACUGAUGGGUCAGUAACCCAUCAGUAACCCCUUCCCUUGUCUCCACGUGUCAGUCCCUUUUUUUAUUUAAAUUAAAUGUGAAAGGACAGUAAAAUAAAAUUGCCAUUGCCCCUAUUUAUUGCCAAUCCUGACAUUUGACCAGACCACGUCAGCGCCUCCUCUCUCCUCGAAAAACCUUUAAUUUUCAUUCUCUUAAUCUUUAACAGAUGAUUUCUCACUCGUUUUAAGUCGGAAUUUAAUUUUUUUUUGCACAGUUAGAUCAGAUUAAUUGUGCUCUUCAAAAUGAUAUCCACUUUGAUAUUUUUUGGACAUAAAAAAAUUUGCCAGUUAUUACCAGUCAUACCAUAUGGUAUUGACUGGUAUUAAAUAAGAUCAUACCGUUACCACCCAAUACCAUAUGGUAUAGUGUGGUAAUAUCAAUAUAUAUCUUUCGUUACCACCCAAUACCAUAUGGUAUAGUGUGGUAAUAUCAAUAUAUAUUUCGUUACCACCCAAUACCAUAUGGUAUAGAGUGGUAAUACUAAUAUAUAUUUCGUUACCACCCAAUACCAUAUGGUAUAGUGUGGUAAUAUCAAUAUAUAUUUCGUUACCACCCAAUACCAUAUGGUAUAGAGUGGUAAUACCAAUAUAUAUUUCGUUAUCACCCAAUACCAUAUGGUAUAGUGUGGUAAUAUCAAUAUAUAUUUUGUUACCACCCAAUACCAUAUGAUAUAGUGUGGUAAUACCAUAUGGUAUAGAGUGGUAAUACCAAUAUAUAUUUCGUUACCACAUAAUAUCAUAUGGUAUAGUGUGGUAAUACCAAUAUAUAUUAUCUAAAAUAAAGGGGGAAAACAAAAGGAGGGAGAGAAAAAAAAACUUGUCUUCUGUCUCAUCUCAUUUCAUCCGCAACCAAAGAAUACCAAAUGCCAAAAAAGGAGAAAGAUCGAAAUUAAAGGCAACGAGUUGAUGAAGAGAAGAAACGCAAUUAAAGAGGGUGACUUCAAUUUUUAUUAGUAGAUUGCUAGAGAAAAAAAAUAAAGAUGGAAGAGAGAAGAUCUAGAUUUGAAAAGGAGAUUGUGAGAGAAAAAGUAAGAGAGGAAAUAGAGAAAGGAUCUGAAAGAGAUUGGAAAAAGGAAGAGAGGAGCAAGAGAGAAAGAAGAAAAUAGAGUUGCAGAGAAAAGUUUAUUCUUUCUCUUUCAUUGAAAAGUCAGACAUUGAAAUGCGGAAUAAAUAAAAAAAAAGUAAAAAUACAAAAACGGACAAAAAUGCCCCUCCCCACCUCCGUGUCCAGCCAACCACCCGAUUGCUCCAUCCCCAUAUCUACGGUUCUCGUGUAUUUACUGAUAGGUCAGUAACCAUUGGUUACUGACCCUAUCCCAAACCCCUCGAUGGUGCCGCCGAUUUCGAAGCCCAAAUGGCCGACCUGACCACGUGGGUUGGGGCCGCCCUCACCGACCAAGACACGUGUCUAGAUGGCUUUCGGGAUCAAGAGGAGGUGUCGGUUAAGAGCAAGAGUAAGAGUAGUAUGAAAAUGGUGAGGAGACAAGUGCGGAGAGUGGGCUACAUAAUGAGCAAUGCUCUGGCUUUGAUUACUAGGCUUGCAUCCACUGGCUUAGCCUGAUUCAGUUGAUACUUCACUUCAUUCAUUACUUCGGUUAAUUUGAAAUGGGGUUGCUUGGGUAUUAUGAUAGUAGCUCUUUCCACUCCUAUAUGGCUAUAUCAUUAAAAAUAUUGUACGUAAUAGCUCACAACAUUUUGUGACCUAGUACUGUAGCACAUAGUUCGGCUAUGCUUAUAGCUCAGGUUUUUAUGUAGUGUUGCAGUAUGCAUAAUGUUUUUUUUUCCGUAUCUGCUAGCAAUAAAUAAUGAUACGUUCG